CAAAUAUUAUCCAAGAUAGACUCCGAGAAACUAUACCAGCGUAUAGUUUUUAUGUAUAUAUUGUAUAGUUGUUUGGAGAUUACAUUAACAUUAUUAAAUUCGAAGAUGGAUUUUAUAAUAGGUGGGGUGGCAGCUAUGGGGGCUGGUUUAUUUACUAACCCACUAGAAGUUGCAAAAACUCGAAUGCAAUUACAAGGAGAGUUAUUAGCGCGUGGAAAAUAUGCAGUGCACUAUAAAAAUGCUCCUCAUGCUUUAUAUACAAUAGCCAAAAACGAAGGAAUAUUAGCUAUACAAAAGGGUUUAGUUCCUGGUUUAUGGGUACAAUUGUUUCUUAAUGGUUUUAGAUUAGGAACAUUCCAAUUUGGAUAUUCUCAUGGAUUUAUGAGUGACAAAGAUGGUAAACAAGUAUUAUGGAAAACAAUGAGUGUGUCUUGUGUUGGUGCUGUAUUAGGGGCAGUCAGUGCUAGUCCAUUAUUUUUAGUAAAAACCCGUUUGCAAUCGCAGUCGGCAAGUGAAGUAGCUGUUGGUUUUCAACAUAAGCAUACAGGAAUGAUAAGCGCAUUUCAACACAUCUACAAAGAACAUGGAGUUAAAGGUUUAUUCCGAGGAGUUGAGGCUACUAUUCCUCGUGCAGCUGCUGGAGGCACUGCACAACUAACUACUUUUUCAGUAGUGAAAGAUUGGCUGGUUUCAGAACAAAUUUUUACAGAGCAUCCAAUAGCCCAAUCUUUUUGUGCUUCAAUGGUUGGUGGGGUAGUAGUAGCUAUCGUAAUGACGCCAUUCGAUGUUAUAUCCACAAGAUUGUACAAUCAAGGUGUUGAUUCAUCGGGUAGAGGGUUGUUAUAUGAUGGUUAUUUUGAUUGUGUUAUGAAAAUAUGGCGCAAAGAACGUUUUUAUGGAUUUUUUAAGGGAAUAGGGCCAAGCUACUUAAGAUUAGGACCGCAUACUGUAUUAUGUCUAGUAUUUUGGGAUGAAUUAAAUAAAUUUUAUAUUAAAUUUAAUGAAAUAAAAAGUUCAGAAACAGUAAUUAGUUGAUGUUUACUUCUUUUAGGAUGAUUAAUUUUAA